GGAGAUAGGAGGACGGGUUUUGAUAGUUGAAACCAGAUUACCAAAUGACUUGCCGGAGUUUGAUGGAGAUUUUUCACUGGAAGGACUGCAGUUCUGGAAGACAGCCUUAUCAGCAAUGACACAAAAUGCUCGACCUGGCUCUCCUGCUUUCACAGGGAGUAGGCAUACUACGGGUCAAAAAAUAAGGAUUGGUAUAGGAACCUCUGAAGACCGAAAGAUUAUAAUCCUGCCAUGUAAAAGUCCACCUAGUUUACAACGAGUGCAGUUAUGGCUGCAGGCCAAAAGAGAAUAUGAGAACUCAAAGAAAUGUUCAAAGAAUCAGCUUGCUCUAACCGAGAAUGUCCAUCAGAAUCAGUGCUUGCAGACUUCACAAGAAGAUGGGGUUGCUUCAGCUGGAGAGUUAGAGAUAGCAAUUCCUGCAGUUUCUGACCAACAGCAAGGUGAAAGACGUGCCCAGCCAAAUGAACCUGCCAUCACUCCUGAAACACUGCAGCUAAAAACUCCAGAACAGGACAGCCUGAAACCUCAAUCUCCCACAAGCCAAUUAACUAAAGGAAAGCAGCCAUUCGAAGAUGAUGACGAUUACUAUCGUGCGUACAGUUCGCCUGAUUCACCAUUGCUGUCUCCAUGGCAACAGCCAUCUUCCCCUAAUGCAAGGCAGUGGGUACAGAAUGAAGAAAGUAGAGAAAUGAGUAAACCAACACCAGCCUUCAGUACAGUAAUUGCAGCAGAGGAUUGCCCAUCACCGAACAAUGACACUGUGCUUUCAGGUGCCCCACAGGUUGAUGAGCAUCAACUGGCAAGAUCGCCCCUUCAGUCUAAAACAAAAGCUGCUGAAAAUUCUGCACCGGUUCUGCAUAGUACUCCUGUCUCCCACAAGAUUAGAAAUGAUGGAAUUCCUGAUGCGCUUUACUGUACUCCUAUACAAAUGGAGCCUAGGCUUCAGAAGACAAGUCAAAGAAGGGGAAGUAAUUCUGAUUCCUUGAGGCGAGUACUACUGACAACUCAAGUUAAGAAUCAGUUUGCCUUUCAAUCUGCUAAGAAAAGUAUGUCUCAGAUAGAAGGACCAACUCUGAACAACACUUACGGCUUCAAAGUCAGCCAACAAAACCUCCAGGAGGCAAAAGCUUUGCAUGAGGUGCAGUACCUUGUACUUAUGAGUAUGGAGUUACAUGCUCGCUCAAGACGCGAUUUGGAGCCCGACCCUGAAUUUGAUCCAAUCUGUGCCUUAUUCUACUGUGUUUCUUCUGAUUCACUACUUCCAAAAACAAACAAAACUGAAGUUAUUGGUGCUAUAGUAAUUGAUAAGAACCAUAUCUGCUCCAACAAAGACACUUCCUCUUCUGGACUCAGGAACAAAGUCCCACUGCUUGUUAGAUCUGGUGUCACAGGUCUCCAAGUUUCUUAUGUAAAUGAUGAGAAGGAACUGUUUCAAGAACUCAUUAAUAACAUUAGAAGGUAUGACCCUGACAUUCUGCUCGGAUAUGAAGUUCAGAUGCAUUCUUGGAGUUACCUUUUUCAGCGAGCUGCUGCAUUAGAAUUUGAUCUUUGUCGGAUGGUCUCCCGUAUUCCAGACGACAGUAAAGAAAAUCGGUUUGCCCCGGACAGAGAUGAAUUUGGUGCAACUGCCAUGUCUGAGAUAAACAUUGUAGGACGGAUCAUUCUGAACAUUUGGAGAAUGAUGAGGAGUGAGGUUGCUCUCAACAAUUACUCUUUUGAGAAUGUAGCUUUUCAUGUUCUUCACCAGCGUUUUCCACUCUUUUCCUGCCGUGUCCUAUCUGACUGGUUUGAUAAUAAGACUGAUAUACACAGGUGGAAAAUGGUUGACCAUUAUGUUUGCCGUGUGCGUGGAAACCUACAGUUGCUGGAACAACUGGAUUUGAUUGGAAGGACGAGUGAGUUAGCGCGAUUAUUUGGAAUCUUGUUCUAUCAUGUGCUGACAAGAGGUGCACAG